ACACAAUAAUGAAGAAGAAGAAAAUCGAAGCGGUUUUGAGUGCUUCAUGAAAUAAAAUCUCUGAAAAUUAAAUCAACGACGACGGUGACAAAUUAAAACAAAACUUUUUGCCUGAAGGACCUAUUUUACUGACCAACUCUACAAUGUACAAUGAUGAAGACAAUUUCGAAGAGGAAGAUGCGGAAGAUAUUUCUCACGAAUUGUGGCAAGAAGCUUGUUGGAUUGUUAUAAACGCAUAUUUCGAUGAAAAAGGUCUUGUGCGUCAGCAGUUGGACAGUUUCGAUGAAUUCAUACAGAUGUCCGUCCAGCGUAUUGUUGAAGAUUCUCCGGCCAUUGAUUUACAGGCAGAGGCUCAACAUACGUCGGGAGAAAUUGAAACGCCGCCUCGGUUCCUGCUGAAAUUCGAUCAAAUCUACUUAUCAAAACCGACACAUUGGGAAAAAGAUGGUUCACCCAGUCCAAUGAUGCCGAAUGAAGCCCGUCUGCGUAACCUUACAUAUUCAGCACCACUCUAUGUGGAUAUCACCAAAACGAAAAUUGUGGAAGGACAAGAACCAGUGGAAACCCAGCAUCAAAAGACGUUCAUAGGCAAAAUUCCGAUCAUGUUGAGAUCGACCUACUGUCUGCUGAGCCAGUUGACCGAUCGUGAUUUGACUGAAUUGAACGAAUGUCCCCUGGAUCCGGGCGGUUAUUUCAUUAUCAACGGAUCGGAGAAGGUGCUGAUCGCCCAGGAGAAAAUGGCUACGAACACAGUGUAUGUGUUCAGUAUGAAAGACGGUAAAUACGCGUACAAGUCCGAAAUUCGAUCGUGUUUGGAACAUAGUUCUCGGCCCACAUCCACAUUAUGGGUGAAUAUGAUGGCUCGUGGUGGACAAAGUUUGAAAAAGUCAGCCAUCGGUCAACGAAUCAUCGCUAUAUUGCCGUACAUUAAACAGGAAAUUCCCAUCAUGAUUGUAUUCCGUGCGCUCGGUUUCGUUGCCGAUCGUGACAUCCUCGAGCAUAUUAUUUACGAUUUCGACGAUCCGGAAAUGAUGGAAAUGGUCAAACCGUCACUGGACGAAGCCUUUGUGGUACAGGAACAAAAUGUUGCGCUGAAUUUCAUUGGUGCCAGAGGUGCCCGUCCCGGUGUCACCAAAGACAAACGUAUCAAAUAUGCCAAAGAAAUUCUGCAAAAGGAAAUGUUGCCUCAUGUUGGCGUUUCCGAUUUCUGUGAAACGAAGAAGGCCUACUUCUUGGGCUAUAUGGUGCACCGACUGCUGUUAGCGGCUCUCGGUCGACGUGAACUUGACGAUCGUGAUCACUACGGCAAUAAGCGAUUGGAUUUAGCUGGACCAUUGCUGGCGUUCUUGUUCCGUGGAUUGUUUAAGAAUCUGAUGAAGGAGGUCCGGAUGUAUGCCCAAAAGUUCAUCGACCGUGGAAAGGAUUUCAAUUUGGAACUGGCAAUCAAAACGAAAAUCAUUACCGACGGACUGCGAUAUUCGUUGGCUACGGGUAAUUGGGGCGAUCAAAAGAAAGCUCAUCAAGCGAGAGCCGGUGUGUCGCAGGUAUUGAAUAGAUUGACGUUCGCAUCAACAUUAUCGCAUUUACGACGUGUAAAUUCACCGAUUGGUCGCGAUGGUAAACUGGCCAAACCACGUCAAUUACACAACACAUUGUGGGGCAUGAUAUGUCCAGCCGAAACGCCAGAAGGAGCAGCCGUAGGUCUGGUGAAAAAUCUCGCACUGAUGGCGUACAUUUCCGUCGGGUCUCAACCGUCUCCAAUUCUGGAGUUCUUGGAAGAAUGGUCCAUGGAAAAUUUGGAAGAAAUUGCUCCAUCUGCCAUUGCUGAUGCAACGAAAAUCUUCGUAAAUGGUUGCUGGGUGGGCAUACAUCGAGAUCCCGAACAAUUGAUGGCCACAUUACGGAAAUUGAGACGUCAGAUGGACAUCAUCGUUUCGGAAGUGUCCAUGAUUCGGGACAUUCGAGACAGAGAAAUUCGGAUAUACACCGAUGCUGGACGCAUUUGUCGGCCGUUGUUGAUUGUGGAAAAUAGCAAUUUGCUGCUGAAGAAAACUCACAUCGAAAUGUUAAAGGAGCGUGACUACAACAAUUACGGUUGGCAGGUAUUAGUGGCGUCCGGUGUUGUGGAGUACAUUGAUACAUUGGAGGAAGAAACUGUCAUGAUUGCAAUGUCCCCGUAUGAUUUGAAACAGGACAAAGAGUAUGCCUACUGUACCACCUAUACGCACUGUGAAAUCCAUCCGGCUAUGAUCCUGGGCGUUUGUGCGUCCAUCAUUCCAUUUCCCGAUCACAAUCAAAGUCCGCGUAACACCUACCAAAGUGCUAUGGGUAAACAAGCCAUGGGUGUUUACAUUACCAAUUUCCACGUUCGGAUGGACACACUAGCCCACGUUUUGUAUUAUCCGAUGAAACCGUUGGUGACAACCAGAUCCAUGGAAUAUCUUCGAUUCAGAGAGUUGCCUGCUGGUAUCAAUUCAAUCGUUGCUAUUCUUUGCUACACGGGAUACAAUCAGGAAGACAGUGUCAUCUUAAACGCGUCGGCUGUUGAGCGAGGUUUCUUCCGGUCGGUGUUCUACCGAUCGUACAAAGAUGCAGAGAAUAAACGAAUCGGUGACCAGGAGGAGCAAUUCGAAAAACCGAAUCGACAGACGUGCCAGGGAAUGCGAAACGCGUUGUAUGACAAAUUGGACGAUGAUGGAAUCAUUGCGCCCGGCAUUCGUGUGUCCGGCGACGAUGUGGUCAUUGGAAAAACAAUCACACUGCCGGAGAACGACGAUGAGCUCGAUGGAACGACCAAACGAUUUUCGAAACGAGAUGCAUCGACAUUCCUGCGUAAUUCCGAAACUGGUAUCGUCGAUCAGGUCAUGUUGACGCUAAACAGUGAAGGCUACAAAUUUUGUAAGAUUCGAGUUCGUUCGGUGCGUAUACCACAAAUUGGCGAUAAGUUUGCGUCACGGCACGGACAGAAGGGUACUUGCGGUAUUCAGUAUCGUCACGAGGACAUGCCGUUCACGUGUGAGGGCUUAACGCCGGAUAUUAUCAUCAAUCCUCAUGCUAUUCCGUCUCGGAUGACAAUUGGCCAUUUAAUUGAAUGCUUGCAAGGUAAACUCGGUUCAAAUAAGGGCGAAAUUGGUGAUGCCACACCAUUCAACGAUGCCGUAAACGUGCAAAAAAUCUCAACAUUCUUGCAAGAGUACGGCUACCAUUUGCGUGGCAAUGAAGUGAUGUACAACGGACACACCGGUCGCAAAAUCAACGCUCAAGUGUUCUUGGGUCCGACAUACUAUCAACGUUUGAAACACAUGGUCGACGACAAAAUUCAUUCGCGUGCCCGUGGACCGGUACAAAUUCUGGUCCGACAGCCUAUGGAGGGCAGAGCUCGUGACGGCGGUCUACGUUUCGGUGAAAUGGAACGUGAUUGUCAAAUUUCCCACGGAGCCGCUCAAUUUCUGCGCGAACGUUUGUUCGAAGUUUCCGAUCCGUAUCGCGUGCACAUCUGCAACUUUUGCGGUUUGAUUGCCAUCGCCAAUUUGCGGAACAACACGUUCGAGUGCAAAGGAUGCAAGAAUAAGACGCAGAUUUCCCAAGUAAGACUUCCGUAUGCUGCCAAACUGUUGUUCCAAGAGCUGAUGUCAAUGAACAUUGCACCGCGGCUUAUGGUUGUGUGAACCAGCUGAUUAAUUGAAAUUUGUUCGGUUUAUGUUGCUUAUUUGAAUUAUUUUUGGAAAAUAGAAGUGAAGACAAUUAA